AUGGAGCUCAGUGUCAGCUCCACUUCCCUUGUCCUCGAACUCAACCACCAUUUUCUCUCAAAAAACUCACUUUCCAUCAAAACCCCAUUCCUCCAAUUUCCAAAUUACAGAAAGCUUCCUUCGCUUUACCGCCAAACGAAACGCCCUUCAUUCCCUCGUAAAUUUGCGUCUCCGCCUUCUGCUUCAUCUUCAUCAAUUGCCGUUGGACCCAAGAACGAUCGCCUUCCUGCCGAUAUUAAAGUCACUGAAACCCAAGAGUCCAAUUCAAGAAUAAGGUUGAGUGUGGAAGUUCCACCAGCUGUAUGUGAAGAUUGUUACGGAAGGGUCAUGAAUGAGUUCAUGAAACAAGCUAAGGUGCCUGGAUUUCGUCCUGGAAAGGAUGUCCCAGAGAGCAUUCUUUUAAGUUAUGUUGGGAAACAAAAUGUUCGAAAGGCUACAGUUGAAUCUAUUUUGAAAAGGACUCUUCCACAUGCCAUGUCUUCGGUGACUGGAAGGGCUCUGAGGGAUUCAGUGCGAAUAGUUACCAAAUUCACCGAUAUGGAGAAGACAUAUUCUUCUCUCAACUGUCUCAGAUAUGAUGUUGUUGUUGAUGUGGCACCUGAAGUCAUAUGGAUCCCUGAGAAUGGAUACAAAAAUUUGAAGAUUGUUGUUGAAGUAGAUAAUGAGAUAGAUGCACGGAGAGCUUCUGAACAAGAAUUAAGACGGCGCCACAAAUCCUUGGGUUCAAUGAGAAUUGUAACUGAUAGAGGACUACAGAUUGGUGAUGUUGCAGUACUUGAUGUUUCAGCAACAAAAAUUGACAAGGACAAAUCAAAUGUUCAGAAUAUUCCAGCUGCAGAGAGUAAAGGUUUUCAUUUUGAUACAGAGGACAGUGAUAAAGUGAUACCUGGUUUCCUUGAUUCAAUAAUAGGGAUUCAACGAGGUGAAACAAAGUCCUUUCCUCUUGUAUUUCCUGAAUCAUGGAAACAAGAAAAUCUCCGUGGUGUUCAUGCUCAAUUUUCUGUUGAAUGCAAAGAAUUAUUUUAUAGAGAUCUGCCAGAGUUGGAUGACUCAUUUGCUGACAAACUCCUUCCUGGGUGCACCACCUUGCAGCAGGUCAAGGAAUCACUGUUACAAAAGUUCCUAGAAGUGGAGCAAACAGCAAGAGAACAAGCAACCGAUAAUGCAAUUCUCGACCAGCUUUGCAAGAUGGUGGAGAUUGAUGUUCCUCAAUCCUUGUUUGAGGAACAAGGUAGACAGCUUUAUGGAGCCAAAAUUCUUCAGAUUCAGGCGAAUAUGAAAUUAAAUGAACAGCAGCUGGCUUCUCUAUCAAGUCUAAAGGCAGUUAAUGAGUUCCUUGAAAACCAAAAGGAGAACAUAACAAGGGUGAUAAAACAAAAUCUGGCAGUAGGAGAUAUAUUCAAACGCGAAAAUUUGCAGUUUUCUACAGAAGAUCUUGUCAAAGAGGUUGAGAACUCCAUUGCUGAAUUUAAACUACAUAGACAAGAGUAUGAUGAGGAGCGUGUGAAGGAACAGUCAGAAAUGGCCUCAGCAUUGUCAAAGCUCAAAACCAGAGCUUACAGCUUCAGUUUACUUUCUGGGAUGGGUUCCAUUGUGCUACGAAUACCAUGGUUGAUGGUGGCUCUCAUUUCUGGUCCGGUGGAAAUUUGCUUUUUGUUUAAAGGAUGUCUAGACCUUGUGUUCCAUUCUCCAUCUGGGGACAGAGGCUAUGUGCAAGAGAUACUAGAGGGAGCAAAAGUGCUUGAAUGGUUGAGAGCACAUGCAGAGAUUCAGUACAUAACCAGGACUGACGAUAUUCCGAAUGAAGCAGCAAACUCCAAUUUGUAUGGCCCAUGCUUACCCUGUUCAUAUAUGACCGAAUAA